AUGGAAGUUGGAAAACCCUAUAGUCCUGUGAUAGUUAGGCCUUCAGGUAGGAGGCCUAAAUCCUUGAACCCCCGGCUCCCUCCCCACACCGGGACGUCGGUCUCAGCCGCCCACGCCACAAAGCAGGGGCCACUCAAACCACGAGGGGGUGACUCGCCCCAUGUGCACCCCACCCCCUCCCUUACUCAGCUCUGCACGCCGGGGCCCCCUUCAGUCACCCCCCCGAGCCCCGCCGCCCUCGCUCCGGCACAGCCCGCACGCGGCUCCCCACAGCCUCGGGCCAAGGGGGCCUCAGGCCAGCCUCGCCUCGCGCGCCCCGCCGCCCCCGCGCCCUCCGCGGGGCCGAGCCUUCCCCGAGGCGGCGGGCAGCGGAAGCUCCGUCCACUCGCCGGAGAGGAAAAGUCAACGCGCAGAGACACACAUACACACACGCACAAACAACGCACCGUGAUCACUCAACUUCCCGCAGCCGCGGAUCGGCACCUGUUCUCACCGCGCCUGCGCAGUCACGUGAGCUCGCGGACGCGGCUCGAGGCCAAUCAAGACGUGAAAACUGGAUCGCGGGAGCAAGGUGUCUACUGUAAGCGACAUAGCAAAAGCAGCAUCUGGGAAUCUUUGAGAAAGAUCUUUAAGAAGAAACCAAAACAUAUGCAACUUUCCCCUGUAACUGACUCAGAAGUGGCACUUGUUAAUGCUUACCUAGAAAGGAAAAGAGCCAGACUUCGUUCUCAGCUGAGCCCGAUGAAUCAAGGCUUCCAGGAUAGCGAUACCACUGACAAGGAUAGCAUGGACUCUAAUUCAGGAGUCUCCUCCUGGAAGGAGAGUGAGACUGAACAUCAUCCAACACCAACCAACCUCAGAAGAAGAAAGCUCGCUCAAAGGCAGAGGAACCUCGGAUGCUACCAAAUCAGGGAGAGGCCUUGCCUGCACUGUAAAGCUGUGAGAACCAGUGAGUGGCUGACUCGCCACUUCCUUCAUCCUCCUGCACCUCCUCCAGUGGAUGGAGAUAUUCUGGAGGAGAGUUCUCUAAUAGAAGUUAACACAAAAUUCAGUAGAAUUUGAGCUUUAUCCAAUUCUUGAUUAUUGAAGCCAAAUGAAUAAGAGAUUAAAACAAGUAUGAAAUAUCACCAGAGGGUCAAGGUAGUGAGGCUUUACAAUAAAGUCUCUCUGCUAAUGACAAGUGUACUUGGUAUGUUUUAGAUAAUUAUUUUUAUGUAAAAAAUAUUGAUCAAUUUCAUUUUAGUAUCAUGAGAAUAUGACUAAAUAUUUAUAUCUACUGUAUAUCAUGAUGAAGGGUAGCAUACUGUGCUGGAUUUGGAAUCUUACUAAUUCUAGAGUUUUGACUGAGAUGCUUACUAGCUGUGUUACUCUGGGCAAGUCAUCUUAAAAUGAUGGGG